CCGUGUUGGGUUCUGCACAAGUAGAAGUCCGAUACAAAGGCACAGUGAAGGAGUUAACGGUAGUGGUAGUACCCGGAACAGGACCCAAUUUAUUGGGCAGAGGAUGGAUUAAGGAAUUGGGCAUGGAAUGGCAGGCCCUACAUAGGAUGCAAGGGGUGAAAAUUUUAACUUUGCCUGAAGUCCUCAGCCAACAUGAAGAAUUGUUUAAAGAGGAGUUGGGGGAAUUGAAGGGUCCACCAGUGAAGAUUUAUGUAGAUAAGGAAGCAGUCCCAAGGUUUUUCAAAGCCCGACCGGUCCCUUAUGCAAUGAAGGCAAAGGUUGAAGUUGAAAUAGAACGCCUGUUAAGAGAACACAUUAUAGAACCUGUUAAACACUCUGAAUGGGCUGCACUUGUAGUACCUGUUUUAAAGUCUGAUAAUACCAUACGUCUAUGUGGGGACUACAAGCUAGCUGUAAACAGAGUUUCAAAGUUGGAACAGUACCCCAUUCCUCGGAUAGAGGAUUUGUUUGCAACUUUAUCGGGUGGACAGAAGUUCACAAAAUUGGAUAUGAGCCAUGCUUAUCAUCAGAUUGCAUUAGAUGCAGAGUUCAGGAAAUAUGUCACAGUGAAUACCCACAAAGGGCUGUUUACUUACCGUGUUUUACCUUUUGGAGUCUCUUCUAGCCCUGCCAUCUUCCAACGGACCAUUGAGGGGGUACUGCAAGGUCUUCCGCAAGUGGCAGUUUUCCUUGAUGAUAUCCUGGUAACCGGUCGUAAUGAUGAAGAGCAUCUCCAAACUCUUGCUAGAGUAUUGGAUAGAUUGCAGGAAGCAGGACUGCGGUUGAAAAGGAGUAAAUGUUCCUUCAUGGAAAAAGAGGUAAUGUUCUUAGGUCAUAAAGUGGAUGACGUUACGGACCAUAAACCCUUGUUGUCUUUAUUUAACGAGUUAAAAGCUGUUCCCCAAAUGUCCUCUCCUAGAAUCCAGCGAUGGGCUGUGACCCUGAGAGCAUGCGAAUACAACAUCAUCUACAAGGCUGGCAAAGAUCAUGGCAACGCAGAUGCUCUAAGUCGGCUACCAUUGCCAAUGGAAUCUUCCACCGAGCAGGAGGAAAGAGUUCUAAUGCUGGAGAAUGCUGAUAUCACCCUGAUCACAGCAGAACAGGUGAGAGAGUGGACAAGAAAAGAUCCAGUAUUAUCUCGGGUAAGAGAAACAGUGCAACGCGGAUGUGUGCAUGAAUUAACAGGAACGGAGUUUGACCCAUUCACAUUAAGGAAAGAUGAAUUAAGCGUACAGGAUGGUUGUGUGCUUUGGGGGCCCCGAGUAAUCAUUCCCAGUGUGGGUAGACUAGACGUUCUUAAACAAUUGCAUCAGUGUCACCCAGGAGUGUCUAGGAUGAAAGCGUUGGCCAGAAGUUAUGUGUGGUGGCCCAAGUUAGAUCAGGAUGUGGAAAGGCUGGUUAAAACCUGUUGUACAUGCCAAGAGCAUAGGAAUGUUCCAGCUGUUGCCCCACUGCAUCCUUGGAAUUGGCCAGACAAACCAUGGCAACGUUUGCAUGUGGAUUAUGCAGGACCGUUCAUGGAAAUGUUCUUUGUUUUGAUUGAUGCACAUUCAAAAUGGAUGGACGUGUAUCCAGUGAAUUCAGCCACAUCUGCUUCCACUAUUGACUGUUUGUGGAAGAGCUUCAGUAACCAUGGAUUACCUGAACUGAUUGUAUCAGAUAAUGGUACUUGCUUCAUUAGUGCCGAAUUCAAAGAGUUCCUUCAUAAAAAUGGAGUACGGCAUGUUACUUCUGCACCUUACCAUGCUUCUAGUAAUGGUUUAGUGGAACGGGCUGUCCAAAUUGUUAAAACCAUGCUAAAAAAAUGUGUUGAUGGAACAAUAGCAACUAGAUUGUCUCGAGUUUUAUUCAGUUAUAGGAUCACUCCCCAGACCACCACAGGGCUCUCUCCAGCGGAAAUGUUGUAUGGAAGGAAAUUACGCUGUUCAAUGGACUUUAUACAUCCUGAUUUGACAAGGAAAAUUCAUGAACAACAACAAAAGCAAAAAAUCUAUCAUGAUAAAAAGGCCCGUGAAUGGAGUUUUUGUGUUGGAGAUCCAGUACUUACUCUGAACUUUACUUAUGGACCGAAAUGGAUUCCGGGUCAUAUAGCGACUGUGACUGGACUACUUUCUUAUAAAGUAAUGGUGGGCGAUGGGCGAGUGGCUCGACGGCAUGUGGAUCAAAUUCAUGCCCGACAGAAAUUGCUUGUAAACACUUCAGAAGAGGGAAUGGACUGUAAAUUCCCUGAUUUCGACAUUCCUGGAAACUCAACACCUGUAGUUGCUAAAGAGACUUAG